AAUUUACAGCAUGCAGACAUAGGCAGCGAUUCAUUCAGAAGAGUUCAUUCAUGGAAAAUUUGCAACGCCCCCAAAAUCCUCAAGUACAGAAUGCCCCCACUGUGCCCUGGCUCAUUCAGAAGAUGAAGGAUGGCAGCCAGAGAGAGGAUUCAGCUGUGGAUUUUUGGAUUCCUAUGCUAUAUUUGAAGGAAUACCCUGAUACUUCUGCUGCUUUAUAUCUUUACUCAUCAAUCAAGCCUGGAAUUUAAAGGGGGUUUCUCCCAUUCAUACAGCUGAAUUUUCUGCAAGAAAUAUCGGAAGCUUUAAGGAAUAAAUGAAAACUUGCACAUGACUAAUAGCAACCAAAAUACAGAGCUUUUUAUCCUGCUAUUACUAUGCCAUUGGAUAAAUAUUAGUUAAUGACUUGGUGUCAGCAAUGAUUGAUUUUCAACAAUACAAAGAUUUUUUGGUAACAUUAUUUUAAAACAAUAAUUAUAUGCUUGCUAUUAUGGAUGUCUUUCCUGGCAGUGCCAUUAAUCUUGUGUUCAACUAUUUAACUUUUCAACUAGCCAGACCCACAGUGAAGGAGAACUGAACAAGGCCCUGGUUUUAUAUAGGCUAUGAGAGAACAUAGCAGACAGAAGGAACACAGUUUGCAUGGAAAGCUUCUACGACACCCAGUAAUGCUUCAGCGAACAAAAUACAGUCGCUUCAGGGAUGAGUCCUUAAGCACCACAGAAGAAAGUGCCCAGAGUGGGCAUUUAAAUGGCAAAGGCUCUACCAACUCCCCUGCAAUGGCUACACCUUCCUUAUCCAUUGAAAAUAUUACCCUUGUGACACAAAACACUUCAAACACAUUAUGCUCUUUGAUACCAAAAAUGUCCCAUUUCAAGCUAUCUGGUGCAGGAAGCCUGCUUGGCUUAAAGCAUUUCUCCCUGGGGACUAAAGAGGUGCCAAGAGUGAAACUGACAGAAAGCCACGUUGCUCCGAGCAGCCCACCUUCUGCAGAACUUACUUUCAACAGCUACUUAUGUGCAUCUCAUCUAAAGCAGGAUGCGGAUGUGACUGCAAAGCCCCAAGAUGAGUGCAUUCAGUUAGACACCGAAAAGUCAGUGCUCAGUUCCUCUCCGCACAUAAGUCCCAGCAGUGUGAGAAUGGGCCCUUCUUACUGUGUCCGAUAUAUGGGCUGUAUUGAAGUGCUGCAGUCAAUGAGAUCCCUAGACUUUGGCACAAGAACACAAGUAACAAGGGAAGCAAUAAGUCGCCUUUGUGAAGCAGUGCCGGGUGCAAAAGGAGCCACAAAGAAAAGAAAGCCUCCAGUUAAAUUCUUGUCUUCCAUUUUGGGGAAGAGCAACCUACAGUUUUCUGGCAUGAAUGUUCAGUUGUCCAUAUCAACAAACAGCCUCAUUCUGACAAACAGUGAUACCCAACAGGUAGUUGCAAAUCAUCAUAUGCAGUCAAUUUCAUUUGCGUCUGGUGGAGAUCCAGAUACAACAGACUAUGUUGCAUAUGUAGCCAAGGACCCAGUUAACCAAAGAGCAUGUCACAUAAUGGAAUGCACAAACAACUUGGCUCAAGAUGUGAUAAAUGCUAUUGGACAAGCUUUUGAACUACGUUUUAAGCAGUUUUUGAAAAGUCCAUCUUUGAUAGACACCAACGACAGUGCAGAACUAGACAUUAAUAUUUUAGCCCAGAAAAAUGAAGACAAGGACUCCCACGAGUACUACAAUGAGAUACCUGGAAAAGGGCCUUCAGCUGAUGAAGUGUUGGCCAAUAGGAUGAAAACAGAGCCCAUGGAGUCAAUAUCUACUUAUGAUAAACAUCAUGCAAUUAUGGAUUACCCAGAAUGUUCCAACAUUUAUGAAAACUGUUUAGAGGAUCACAAAACAAUGGAUCACUCAGCUUCCAAAGUACUGAAACCACAAGUUGGCGGAAUGUUUGAUGACCCAUGUUAUAUAAACACAGUGCCAAAACAAGACAACCCUAGCAAAAGUCAGAUAUCUGGAAAAAACAAAGAAAAAAUUCAAGAGCCCAAAUUGCCUCUGUACAGCUCAUUGCAGCAUGAGGAGUGGUAUCAUGGUAAAAUGAACAGAAAGGUUGCGGAAAGUCUCCUAGUUAAUGAUGGAGAUUUCUUAAUUCGGGAGAGCACAACAUCUGCUUGUCAGUACGUAUUAAGUGGACUUCAAGGUGGGCAUCCAAAGCAUCUGUUGCUUGUGGACCCAGACGGCAAGGUAAGGACUAAAGACCAUGUUUUUGAAAGUGUGAUCCAUCUGAUCAGUUAUCACAUGGAAAAUGAAUUGCCAAUCAUCUCUUCUGGAAGUGAACUGUAUCUCAGGAAGCCAGUAAGAAAACAGCAUUUUCCUGGAAUCAGGGGUUAGACUGCAGGCUUUGCUUUCUCUAUAUGCUGAACAAUUGCACCUAUCCCAGAUGUAUUAUUAACAAGCCUGAUGGCAUGACUGAAACAUGGAGCUGCAAAAAGGAAAAGAGACAUUUUUGAUUAUCAGUCCAGAACAAAUAUAAGCCACGCAGUAAAUGUAUAAUCUAAAAUCUUUGCAUUUAGGAAAUCUCAACAAUAUUUUUCUUCACCAGUGACACUAUUAACAUUCAUACAAGAAAAUAAUACAAACACAUUAUACUUGAAAGCACAACCAACAACUUGUUACAUAAAUCACCUUGAAUGAAAGCUACGUGCCUUGAAUUCACCUCUCUUAGGAGUUAAAUUAUUGGGUUUAAGCUUGGUGUGUAAUGGUACUAUACAUCACUGCUUCCUACAUGAAACUUUACUAGACUUGCAUGUUAAAGUAUACACGGAUAUAAACUACUCUGAAAUGCAUUUAAAAGAGUGUGCUUAAUUUCUGAUGUUGUUUCUCUGUAACAUUUACACAGAGGAAUAUUCCAAACUUGGGCAAAGUAAUUCCAAAAAAAAGUUCUUCCUAAUCUACAGAACCAAAUCAUGUAAGUGCAAUAAAAAUAGAAAGAUAGACUACAUAAUUGUGUGUAUUUAGCAAAAAGUUUAGUAGCUGAAAUGUUUAACAUUUUCAUUAUUCUUGGAUACCCGAAUACCUUUUGAGCCAAUACUAAUCCAAAAGGGCUGUAACAAUGCAGGCAAUUGCUGGACAGGAGAACUGUGUGUGUAUCUAUAUAUAUAAAGGGCAAUAAUCCUUGUAUAAUAAAGCAUAGUGCAAAAAGCAAUUCCAUGUUUUUCACCCACAAUAUAGUGUUUCUUCCCAGGAUUCUAGCAUAAAAGUGGGCACUGCCAACAAAGUAGCAACUAUUGAUGCAGCACCACUUCUGGGGCUGCUGCCACCUAAGGCACAAGUUGUGAUACCUCUUUACCUGCUCUGUGCUUACCUCUUUGGUGACAAAGUGGGUCAAGGGCGGCCUAAAUCACUAGUGCAGAGAGCACAAUAGUGCUGUCUGCAAUAGAAGAGCUAAAUUUUCCUUUUAAAAAUGGAAAUUCAGCUCUAAAAUUUACAAGGGGCGUUUGCUCCCCUGGUAUUUGGCUCCUUAUUACCCUGAGGCAUGGUUUUCACCUUGCCUCAUGGCAGGAGCGGCCCUUUAUUGAUAUGUAACCCACUAGUGGAACCCUGGAAUUCCAGAGUACCCCUAAUUCAACAAGUGCACUUGCACAUAAUUACUCAGACCUAGCUGGGUGGGUGCAUGUAUGCUGGCAUUCACUGUGCUAUUCAUUGGUGGCCAUGACCUGAAGUUUGCUUGCCUUCCAUACUUCAUUCUAUCAUUAACUCCAGGUAGUGACUGGAUACAGAAGUGAAGAGGGGCUGAGCAUAAGAACUGUCCACCAGUAAAGGUUGUAGAGGAAGGAUAUAUCUUAUGUAUACUAUAUAUAUAUAUAUAUAUAUAUAUAUAUAUACACACACACACAUGAACACAAAAGUAUACAUAUUUGCACACAAACUUGUUGCCAUAGCCUGAAUCUGUUUUUUAAACCCAUAUUUUCUUUACUAUCACAGCACUUUAAAUGUACUGUACAUUUUUAGACAGUAUCAGAUAUUUUUUUUUUGUCAAAAUGAUAAACAGGAUUCUUUAAAACAUUCUGCUGAUAUCUUCAUUAAUUCACAAUUCAUGUCUUCAUUUAGACUAUAGUUAAAUAUAUGCAUGUGUAAAAUGUUCUAUUUUUUGCAAGGUUCAUAAAGGGCAACUAUUUUUAAAUGUUUAGAGUAUUUUUCAUCUAUCCCAUUUGGUAUGUUUAUAAAAUAACGGAAAAUUAGAAAGAUUAUAUAUUUAUGUCGUAGUCAUCUAUUAUGUGCUUUGUCUGGAAUGUACCGUCAUUAUUUUAAAUAAAUGUUGAAUUUAUAUGUGUGAA